CUCGAGACGGUUCCAACUUCUAUUUUAGAUAAGGGGAAUGAAAUCGCCAAUGCUUAUUUGGCUGCAGAUGAAGAGAUCGACCCAAAAGCUUGGACCCCGAAAUGAAACAGUUAGAGUCACUUCUAUGAAAAUCUCUUUCAAAAGUAUAUCCACUCCUACACAACAAUACCAUUCAAUGUAUUCAUUGAAUGAUAUUUUUCGAAGGUCGACUCAGGCACUAAUUUUCCAACAAGUUAUCCUGCAAAUUGGGUCAGUUAGGGUUCCAAAAAUAUCUACAUUGAAUUUGUUCGAUUCUCAACGUCCAACUACGUACUCUUAUGAUAAAUGCAUCUGAACCUCCUUGUUCAAUUGAGGGACCAUCUCCGUUCAUGUUCUUUUCUAGACUGCUGGAAACAAUUACAGGUAGAAGUGGAAGAAGAAGUUGAUGCUUUUCUGGAAUGGAAAUCAGCCCUUGCUAAUCAAACCCAUUCUCUCCUCCCUUCUUGGAAGAAAAACUCUACUAAUAAUACGAUAAGUCCAUGCAAGUGGCUUGGAAUCACUUGUAACAUUGAGGGAAGCAUUGCUGAACUGAAUGUAUCAGGUUUGGGUUUACAAGGUACGCUCCUUAGUUUCAACUUCUCAUCUUUCUCAAACUUUGUUCGUCUUGACUUCAGUAUGAGCAAACUUAACGGAGUCAUUCCUUCCCAAAUAGGUAAUCUUCUGAAACUCGCAUACCUUGACUUUUACAUGAAUGAAAUUUCUGAACAUAUUCCACCGGAAAUUGGCUUCCUCACAAGUCUGCGUAUGUUAGACUUUUCUGAAAAUCAAUUUACUGGAUCCAUUCCACAAGAAGUUGGCAAUUUACAUUUUCUUACUGACCUGAAUUUGUAUGCAAACAAUUUCACUGGUUCAAUUCCUACCUCUUUAUGUAAUCUGAGCAACUUAAACGGCCUAUACCUUCAUGUAAAUCAACCCUCUGGUCCAAUCCCUCAAGAUAUAGGGCAGCUUAAGUCUCUUACUAUCUUAGCUUUGUACACGAACAAUUUUACUGGUUCAAUCCCUGCUUCUUUAACCAAUUUGACUAGCCUAAAAACCCUUUACCUUCAUGAAAAUAAAUUUUCAGGUUCCAUUCCUCGAGAAAUAGGGAGGCUAAGUUCUCUUACUGGCCUUGCUUUGUACAAGAACAAUCUCACUUGCUCAAUCCCUGUUUCUAUAACCAAUUUGACGAGCAUGGCCGUUCUUUACCUUUAUCAAAACCAACUUUCUGGUGCCAUUCCUCGAGAAAUCGGAAGACUAAGGUCUCUUACUAAUUUUGAGUUGUGCACAAACUAUCUUACUGAUUCAAUACCUGAUUCUUUAACCAAUUUAACUAGGCUUGCCAUUCUUCACCUUUUUAAAAACCAACUUUUUGGUAACAUCCCUCAAAAUGUAGGAAGGCUAAAGUCCCUAACAAUCUUGAAUUUGAGUACGAACAAUCACAAUGGUUCAAUUUAUGCUUCUUUAACCAAUUUGUCUAGCUUGGACACACUUUGCCUUGGUGCCAACCAACUCUCUGGAACCAUUCCUCGAGAUAUCGGAAGGCUAACUGCUCUUACAAUUUUUUGUUAUAGCUUGUUUUGGUAUUAGUAAUUUUUGUAUUCUGGUGAAGUAAUGUAUUGGUAGUUUCAAGUUCUUGUUCAAAGAUGUUCAAAGCUUGAAUCUGAAAUUAAUACAGUUUGGUGUGCCCUUGGUAAAACCCAUUCGUAAGUGGGUCAUAAUCACACCAAUUGAACUUAUUGUUCUUGUACUUCGGGAUGGUGAUUAGAUUUUAAAAAUGGCCAUGUUGUGGAUGUGUUUGAUCACCUGGCCUUAAUUCUGAUCGUGCACCCAUGCAUCACUCUUAUGAGUGAAAAUUUGCAUCGCAAACCCCAGUGAUAAUGCGUCGGUUCUUUCUUUCUUGUGGUUAUUCAUUAGUCGUAAGGCAUAUUUCUUCAAGUGUCUCAUAAUCGUUUUGAUUAUUCAGUAAUUCUCAUAAAGGGGUAGGCUGUGUAAUCACUACAGUGGCCGAGUUUAAUUCGUUUACUGUACACCAAACUUGACA